AUGAGUAAUGUUCAAUGCGCCCAAUGUAACAAUAAACCAGCUUGUAAUGCAGAUACAUUUUUUGCAAGUCAUUUGUUUUGUUGGGAAAAAGAAUUAAACAAAUGGACAGCAACGAAAGGAAAAAGAGUUUGUAAGAAAGGAUUAUGCUUUGUUGGGAUUAAUAAAGGAGAAAAGGGUAUAGUACAAGGUUGUGGCAAAUGUUCUGGACAAAAUAAUCUGGAUAAAUGUUUUAAUUGCUCAAUUCCUCUCUGUAAUGAUGAAACAAAACUUUCUCAAAUUAAGUGUUACCAACUUGCUACUAAUCAACGGCCAAAUGAGAGAAAAGCUAAGACAUGCCAUCCCUCUUAUGACAGUUGUUACAUUGCUAGGGACAUCUUCUGGAGGAGUAGGAAAAUUUUAAAUAAAUCAUUCUUCUAUAGAAUUUUUCGGACUCUCUAUUUUUUGUAG